CCCCCUUCUAUCUCGUGCUCUUACCAUUCCAAUUGCCUAGCUGAGACGGAAUAUCCUCUCUGCCUAGUUUCUGGGCCAUCACCUUGUUGCUAGCGAGACUCUCCUGGUACCUUUCAUGUCAAUCCCUUUUCUUAUCACAAUCGUCCUACGCAUAGCUUAAAUAGCUUAAUCAUGCCCCCCCCACCACCGACGAAACAGUCGCUGGACAUCAACAUCCCGGGCAUCUAUUCCUCGGACAAUAUCUCUCUGGGCGUGCCUGCUGUCGGAGAAGGCGGACGGCCUCCUCCAGUGAAGUAUAUGUCUGCCCCCGCAUAUCACAGCCCUCUCCGACAUCACAAGCGAGCAGCCUCCUCCACGAGGCCCGUGAAGGAAACGCUCAACGCUCGCUCCGAGUACAGCAACAGCGAAGAUGACGGAACCGCCCAGCACCGCAUCAAUCAAUACCUGAUAAAGCAGGAGAUAGGCCGGGGAUCGUUCGGAGCAGUACAUCUCGCCGUGGAUCAGUAUGGGCAAGAAUAUGCUGUUAAGGAAUUCUCCAAGUCCCGCCUGCGGAAGCGGGCCCAGUCCAACCUACUCCGUCGCCCGAGUGCGAGGCGGCGACGCCAGGGAGCACUCGCGGCUGGCCUAGGAUUCAACUCGCCGCUGCAUCGGCAUUCGUCUUCUGAGGCGGAGAAUAACUCUCUGGACCUGAUAAAGGAGGAGAUCGCCAUCAUGAAGAAGCUGAACCAUCCGAACGUAGUGUCGCUUAUCGAGGUGCUCGACGACCCUGAAGAAGACUCUCUGUACAUGGUCAUGGAAAUGUGCAAGAAGGGCGUUGUGAUGCAGGUAGGCCUUGAAGAGCGGGCAGAUCCCUACGAUGAGGAACACUGCCGAUGCUGGUUUCGAGACAUGAUAUUGGGCAUUGAGUAUCUUCACGCUCAAGGAAUCAUACACCGAGACAUCAAGCCCGACAAUUGUCUCGUAACCGACGAUGACGUCCUGAAAAUUGUCGACUUCGGCGUGUCAGAGAUGUUUGAGAAAGAGUCAGAGAUGAAGACUGCCAAAUCUGCUGGCUCGCCCGCUUUCAUGCCUCCCGAGCUGUGUGUUGCCAAACACGGGCAGGUUUCGGGGAAGGCCGCCGAUAUUUGGUCGAUGGGAGUUACACUUUUCUGUUUACUGUUCGGCAGGAUCCCAUUCGAGAAAACCGGCAUGAUCGACUUAUAUCAAUCAAUACGAAAUGACGUCCCGGAUCUUGGGCCGAAGUGCACUGAAGAUCUUCGCGACCUGCUACUGAGGGUUCUAGAAAAGGAGCCAAAUAAGCGAAUCAGGAUGGACGAACUCAGAGAACAUCCAUGGGUUACAAGGCGAGGGACAGACCCUCUACUACCAACAUCGGAAAAUGUUGCUAUUAUUGUCGAAGAACCCACAGAUGAAGAAGUCAAUGCUGCUAUUACAGGGAACAUGGGUCAUCUUGUGACAGUCGUUCGAGCCGUAAAACGCUUCAAGCAGCUACUCUUUCGGAGACGACCCGAACUAAUGGAGGGUAUUUUGGGUAGCGCAUCUCGUAUCGUACAGCCUCCCCUUUCAAUUCGGCCUUCACAAUUGCGGAAAUCGAAGUCUCAAGACACCGAUAAUCGCCGACCCAUCGAAGGAGCACUCACAACCGAGGGGAUUCAUCGAGUUAUUAAAGUGGACGAUAACGACAAGCGGGUUCCAGACUAUGCCGACGAAAUGGAAUUUGCAAAGCCCGGUCUACUUUCCCCGAUACUUCGAAACGGAGGCCCAUCAAAGGGUGCCAUUACAAGCGGCCCAGAGAUCCGCCAGCCCCCCCACAUCACUGACGCAAAAGUCAUCCAUGAUAACAUGUUGUUUCGCCCACCACAAGCAUCCCAACCCAUCGCCAUCCCCAACCUUCCUGGCAGCUCCACACCCGCAACACCAGUCGGUAAAGGCCACGCUCACGAUCCGCUCGAAGACACUCUUUUCCUAAAUAUCGGUACCGGCGAAGACACGCCACCCGAAACUGCCAGCCAACCCAUCGUCUCGGAAUCACCCUCCGCCGUCGACAUGGACGUCUACGAAACUGCAUACCAAGAAGAAAUCCAACGUAUCCUCAAACGAAAAGAAGGCCGUCGCCCAACGCUCUACCUCACCCGCCGCGUCGAAAACAUCAAAGCAAUCCGCGAAAAUGAAUGCAUCUUCGACUCAGGCCGUGCAGUUGGCAACGAGCUUAAAGGGGGUUUGAAGGCGAUUGUAGAGCGUGCAAAAAAGGGCGUAGAAGAGCGGGGUGAGGCGCAGAAGGUGGUGGAGGGAAAGGAGGGUCUCUUGUCAAGGGGACUAAGAGGCGCAAGGGAAUUUAGGGAUCUAGUAGAUGAGGCGAGACAGCAAGUCAGGGAGCAGGAGAGGAGUAGGAGUUCGACGCCGCAACCGGGGGAGAGGAGGAAGGGGAGGGAUGCGGGGUCUGAGACUGGGACUGAGACUGGGGCUGGGGAUGGGAGUAGAAAUGUGACCCCGGUUAGUGAGACGAGGGGGAUGAUGUAA